AUGUCACGUCAAGAAUGUGAAUUUCAGAAAUAUGUUACUGUUUCCUACGAUCCAAUAAAAGUUGGUUCUAUAGAUGGAACAGACAGUGAACCCCAUGAUCGUGCUAUUUUAAGAGCCUUGCACUCAGAAUAUGUUCCAAAUAAGCAAGUGAGAGGUGAUCCUGAUCAUACUUUGUUUAUUGGACGUCUAAAUCCAAGAACAUCACAGGACACAGUUUACACAGAAUUCUCGAAAUUUGGGAAAAUACUUAAUUGUCGCCUGGUCAGAGAUAUUGUUACUGGUAAAUCUAAGCAAUACGCUUUCGUGGAGUAUGAAAGCAUGUCAAGUCUAGAUCGAGCAUUCAGAGAGAUGCAUAAAGAAUAUAUAGAUAGCAGUGAGAUUAUAGUGGAGAGAGAAGCUGAGCGGAAAUUGGCAGGUUGGCGGCCUCGGAGACUUGGUGGGGGAUUUGGUGGACGAAAAGAAUCUGGCCAACUGAGAUUUGGCUGUCGGGACCGACCUUUUAGAAAACCUAUUUUAGUCAACCAAAAACCAAUGAAAAACCCGUCUCAUUCAGCAACCCCCAGUCGGAAUUGAACCUUGUGUCAGGAUCUGGACACUCACACAAUACAAAAACCACUGCCCAUACUACACUAAAAUCUAUAUUGUCUGCACGAUCUAUAGAAUUGCAGAGUGUCUUGACGAUUUAUCCUACAGAAUCUAAUAUUGAAAAUAAAUACAUUUUUAAGUUGUUGAAUGAUGAUUCAAAAUUAUUUUUGAAGGCUACUUGAACAAAUUAAUUAUGGUUUAAUAGGAUCAAACCUGCAAAAGCUAGCUACUGUGACCACUGCCAUCUCAUCAUCAAUGGAUAUAAUGUUAAGUGUUGAUACAUACAUAUAUUUUCAAACAUAUCACAUAUAAACAAUGAA